GGACGGGCUCUAUGCACUAAAUCAGUUUCCUACGUCGUGGAGAUCUCAAACUAGUAAAACUCCAGAACAUCCCAGGACUUUUGUCAAGCACACACUAAAAGAUGUAUCAUUUGUUGUCUGUUAUCACAAUAAAGCCAUAAAGUAGUAUUUUGCAAGGAAACGGAUAAAGAGACAAAUCAGAACAAUGCAUAAUCCCUUCUCCAGAAAAGUAGACACAUUUGAGAAUAUUUUUAAGUUUUUGUAAUGCAUUAAAACGACGGCGUAACAUUUUACAACGCUCCCUUCUAACAGCUGGGGUAAAUCCGUUUCAGGUGCCACGCGAAGUGGCGCUCAAAACACCCUGCCGGCAUCGUGGGUGCGUGUGUGUGCGUGUGCAACCAGUCUUUGGAGAAAAUCCUUUCGUAUGGGAUAAAGGAUGCAGCUCAACGCAAUUGGGGUUAAAAAGAGUCCGGGGAGGGGCGCCUGGGUGGCUCAGUCCAUCAAGCGUCCGACUUCAGCUCAGGUCACGAUCUCGCGGUUCGCGAGUUCGAGCCCCGCGUCAGGCUCUGGGCUGAUGGCUCAGAGCCUGGAGCCUGCUUCCGAUUCUGUGUCUCCCUCUCUCUGCCCCUCCCCCGUUCAUGCUCUGUCUCUGUCUCAAAAAAUAGACGUUAAAAAAGAAAAAAGAAAGAAAAAGAGUCCGGGUAAACUACGAGAAGAUGAGGAGGGCAAACCUCCACGCGUCAAAUCACUUCUCUCUACAAGACCCGGACAGGUGAGGUGUGGAUCAAGGCCAAGGACGACCGUUCGGGACCCGAUCACCCAACCCAGACCAAGCAGCAGCUGAGCUCAGAACGACGCUUCGAAUCGAUGAGAGCGGCCCCGUACCGAGCGGCCUUCCGACACCAGCAAGCUGUCGCGGGUCUCCGAAAACAGAGGUGAGGGAGGAGUGAAGGCAGACUUCCUGAAGCGAAAAACGACUCCGGGAAACCUGUGGCAACUAUCGCCGGAGUAGCACCUUCCGGAAGUGCGCCAGGUUUUCGGAAGAAACCCGGCACAAGAUGGCGGCGCGUCACGUGAGCAACGCGGUGACGUAGGACGGCGACCCGCGCGGAGGGACCGCCUUAACUUCACCCCCCACGCUCAACUACUCAAUUUUGCCCCCCUCUCCUACCCCGCCCCCGGCCUGGUGUAGAUCAUGCCGCCAGUGGCGGCCCUGACUGCCGAGGAAACGGUAGCCUAGGACAGUUGGCUGUUAAGUGACACAGAUUCUCCCCGCUCCGCCUAAUCCCUGGGAGAGGCACAUACCCCGCCGCGUGAGGGCGUGGAGAAGUGGGUAGAGAAUUUCGGAUCCACCUGGGAGGGGGGAGUGGAAGUUCCCGCCCCGGACAGCGGCGAGGCGGCAGCCACAGUUGAUUAUGGAAGAUUCCCACAAGAGUAACACUUCAGAGACAGCACCGCAACCUGGUUCUGCAGUUCAGGGAGCUCAUAUUUCUCAUAUUGCUCAACAGAUGGCAUUAAGAGGAUCUGCGCCAGUGACAAUUAUACCUCUUCCUGGAGAGCAAGUACAGGUUCAGGGGGUCAUCCAGACAGCUCAGUCUUCUGUAAUUCACCCACCACACGUGCAAACGGUGUCAUCUUUAUCAGAAAGUGAGGAGUCUCAGGACUCAUCAGACAGUAUAGGCUCUUCACAGAAAGCCCACGGGAUCCUAGCACGGCGCCCAUCUUACAGAAAAAUUUUGAAAGAUCUAUCCUCUGAAGAUACACGGGGCAGAAAAGGAGACGGAGAAAACCCUGGAGUUUCUGCUGUCACUUCUAUGUCUGUUCCAACUCCCAUCUAUCAAACUAGCAGUGGACAGUACAUUGCCAUUGCCCCAAAUGGAGCCUUACAACUGGCCAGCCCAGGCACAGAUGGAGUACAGGGACUUCAGACAUUAACCAUGACAAAUUCAGGCAGUACUCAGCAAGGGACAACAAUUCUCCAAUAUGCACAGACCUCUGAUGGACAGCAAAUACUUGUGCCCAGCAACCAGGUGGUUGUACAAACUGCAUCAGGAGAUAUGCAGACAUAUCAGAUCCGUACCACACCGUCAGCUACUUCGCUGCCACAAACUGUGGUGAUGACAUCUCCUGUGACUCUUACAUCUCAGACAUCUAAGACAGAUGACCCCCAACUGAAGAGAGAAAUAAGGUUGAUGAAAAACAGAGAAGCUGCUCGAGAAUGUCGCAGAAAGAAGAAAGAAUAUGUGAAAUGCCUGGAAAAUCGAGUUGCAGUCUUGGAAAAUCAAAAUAAAACUCUAAUAGAAGAGUUAAAAACUUUGAAGGAUCUUUAUUCUCAUAAAAGUGUUUGAUUAAGAAAGAAAAUAUUUUUGCAGACUUGCCUAAAAAUUAGAUGGAUUUCUUUUCUUUUUAGUGGAGUUUUAUAAAUUAAAAGGUCAAAAAUGAAGCUUUUUAUUUAGGCUUUUGCAACUCAAAGAUAAUCUUAUGCAAGAGAUCUGGUGACAGAAGAUGAAGUGGAAAAUGACCUCAAGGAAGUCACUAGCACAGGUGGAAGCUCUGGAAAAAUGAAACCCACUGAAGAAGAGGGAAGUGAGCUCUCACACCAAUUUGAAUUUCCUAAAUGACAAUAACCCAAAAAUGCCAGAGAAGAUGAAAUUUGGUAAAUUAUUUUUAAAAUCAGUUUACCCUGUAGGUUUGCAUUUCUUACUGUUUCCUAAAAUUUACCUUUUUCACUUGUGUGUGUGCGCGCGCGUGAGUGUUUUAUUUCUGCCAAUAAAUUUUAAAUUACAAAUAGAAAAGCUAAUACAUAACUAAAUAUAUAAAUUAUGUGUUCUGAUUACGUAUACUUGUUCUAUCGUCAGAUCGUUGAAAUGGGUUUUUUAAAGUUUGUUUCUUGGACUUGAGAGGCUUUUGAGACUUGGGUUUAACUGUUUUUGAGGCUUUGUCCUCAAAGGCAUUUAAGGUACAUGAAUGGAGUAUGGUGAUUUUGUAACAUUUUUUAUCAGAAUGGAAAGAGAACUUCUGUUUAAAAGUUUGAUACUUUUAAAUAGUUUGUUUUUUGGUUACUCUGGGAAUGGAGAUUUUCUACAAAUAUAUAAUAAAUUGUUUUUUUGAUUCUAUAUUCUGUAUGCAGUUGAAUAUACAUUACCUAUUCUGUUGUGCUUUAAUAGAAUGGAAUGUUUACAGGCCCUUGAGAUAUUAGAGUAUUUUUUAAAAAUCUUCUGAAGAUACAUACCAAAGUUUCCAAGAGGAUUUUAUAAUCAAUUUAAUGUAAGGUUUAUCAGAUUCUAAAAUCGUAUGGUUAUUAAGGCAAUUUUAUGUUAGAGACUAUUUUGUAAUGUAGCGAAUGGUACAUUUCUAAGAAAAGUGACUGCCGAUAUAUUUUUAUAGCUAAUCUUUAUAAAUUCUAAAGUUGAGUUUUUAAUUAUUUUAAAUGUUUAUAUAGUUUAGUAAAAAAAAAAUAUUUUGCAUCUCAAAAGUAUCAUUUUUAUAUUAUGAGAAGUAAAGUUUCCAGAUUGGCUAAUAUUUGAAUUGCAAGUUUUGUAUGCAGUUUAUCCAAAGCUCAAGAAUGCCAUCCGUACCCCAGUGUUUAACCUCUGUAUUCCAGUUUGUAUACACUCUGAAAUUGUACUGCAGAACUAUUGUGCGCUUCUUACACAAUAUGUAUCAUAUUGUUGUCUGUGAAAUUAAAGGAUAUUUGAUAAAAUUAAGUUUGCUGAAUGUAAAAUAUAUUGUUAUAUGAACAGCAAGCUUCCUGAUGACCAUUCUGUUAAUUAUACUAACUACAGGACCUGUCUAGUUUUAAAAUGAGGAUAAAUUUAAAAUUCUGGUCUACACAGCUUGUUGUUAAAAAAAAAAUUUUUUUAACGUUUAUUAAUUUUUGAGAGACAGAGACAGAGCAUGAGUGGGGAAGGGCAGAGAGACACAGAAUCUGAAACAGGCUCCAGGCUCUGAGCUGUCAGCACCGAGCCUGACGCGGGGCUCAAACUCACGAACUGCAAGAUCCUGACCUGAGCCGGAGUCAGAUGCUCAACCGACUGAGCCACCUGGGUGCCCCUACACAGCCUGUUUUAAGAGAGGAUAUCUUUAGAUGUUUGAUUCAGUCAGAACCAAUUAUAAUAAACUAAAAGUAGGUAACUUUUUUGUUCUGCAAUUGUUUAUGGUUAAGGAACCUGUAAUGUGGAAAUCUCAACACAAUUGACAAAUUUGUGUAAUCUUAAUGAAAAACUCCAUUAACAGUAUUUUUUAAAUGAGACUCUGUUGAUUUGGCAGUUUAUGAGAAGAAAAAAAAAAGUUUGAUCACCAGUAGGAUUACUUAUAUCACUUAUUAUUUGAUAUGAAGCCAAGAGUCUCAGGCCGAUUAGGCCCGAAGAACAUGAGGAGGUAUGGGGUGUGUUAUACCAAGAGUAUUUUAAAAGGUUACAUUAUAUAUAGGGUAUCUUACAAGAUUUUAAGAUCUGUUAAUGUUUGGCUGCCUUAGAGAUCCUUUAGCUCUUAAUGCCUUAACAGGUGGACAUCCACAAACAUUUAUAAACUUAACACUGCCUGCAGAUUUCUGGUGUAGGGCCUUGCUUUCAACUAAAUCAAGUUAGGCUAGCAAUAUGUAACAGGCAUGAGCAAGCUACUGCUGAAUCCAUAAAUGCAUACCAGAUUAUCUUUCAAGAGGUUGGUUUUUUAAUUUUUUUUUUUUAAUGGUUUAUUUUUUAUUUUCAAGAGAGAGAGCAAGCAGGGGAGGGGCAGAGAAAGACACAGAAUCUGAAGCAGGCUCCAGGCUCUGAGCUGUCAGCACAGGACCUGAUGUGGGGCUCAAACUCACAAACCGCGAGAUCAUGACCUGAGCUGAAGUUGGGUACUUAACCAGCUGAGCCACCCAGGCGCCCCAAUGUUUAUUCUUGACAGAGAGAGAGAGAGAGAGAGAUACAGAGCACAAGUGGGGCAGGGGCAGAGAGAGAGGGAGCCAGAAUCCGAAGCAGGCUCCAGGCCCUGAGCUGUCAGCACAGAGCCCAACGUGGGACGAGAUCACAAUCUGUGCUGAAGUGGAACGCUUAACCCAUCGAGCCACCCAGGCAUCCCUCAAGAGGUUUUUCUAACUUGAAUCCAAGAAGGGGCUUAUGAAAUUUUAAAAGUGAGUAUAGUCCAAACCUGAAAUUACACUCCAAAAGUUCAAUAGGCCAGUGAAAUUAUUUCAUUGGCUUAGUUUUCUAUUUUACAUAUAUUAUCAGUUUAUUAUGGAAAUAAUUAUUGCCCAUCAACAGUCUUGAGUAUAUAAAUUAAGAUACCCCUUUAAUUUUACUGUACUGUGAAUGGCACAUGUUGGAGCUUUGCAAAUCUUAAGUACAGUUGACCCUUAAGCAAUGCAGGGGUCAGGGGCAUAGACUUCUGUUGCAGUCAAAAAUCAAUGUACAACUUUUGAUUCCCUAAGAACUAAUACGAACCUACUGUUGACCAGAAGAAGCCUCACCACUAACAGUCAACAUAUACUUUGUAUGUUCCAUGUGUCAUAUAUUGCAUUCUUAGAAUAAAGCUCAAGAAAAUACUAAAAUCACAAGAGAAAAUACAUUUCCAGUACUGUUACUGAAAAAAAUCCAUGUGUAUGUGGACCCAUGCAUUUGACACCUGUGUUGGUCAAGGAUCAACCGUGUUUUGGUUUGUUCAUUUAGCAAUUAUUACAUUGAAGUUAGUUUAAAUCGGUUUUUCUCCAGUUAAAAAACAUGGACAUAGAAGUGAUAUAAAAAUAAAUGUUUAUGGCUUGUAACUACAUAGUUUUAAUGGCAGUUCAAAUUCCCAGAAAAGAUGCUGUAAAAAUGAUAUAAAGUGAGUGAAAUUUGACCAAGGGCUUGAUUUAAAGGAAAAGUCACAGGUUAUAGUGAAACAAUGUCAAAGUAUAUGAAACUCUAAUUACAUUUGUUCUACAAAGUUGGUUUUUAUUUUUUUUUACAUUUAUUUUUGAGAGACCCGAGACAGAGUGCAAAUGGGGGAGGGGCAGAGAGAAAGAGACAGAAGCCGAAGCAGGCUCCAGGCCCUGAGAAAGCUGUCAGCACAGAGCCCAAUGCAGGGCUCAAACUCACGAACCGUGAGAUCAUGACGUGGGCCGAAGUUGGAUGCUUAACAGACAGCCACCCAGGCGCCCCAGGUUUUUAUUUUUAAUAACUACUGCUGGUUUUUACUAUAAAACGAAUGCUUACCUCAAGGUUGUGGAAUUCAGAAGCCUAUCCUAGGCAGAGUUUGGCAAGAAUUUUUUUAUUGUUUGUUUGAGAGUGAGCAUGCAUGCACAUGAGCAGGGGAGGGGCAGAGGAGACCGGGAAUCCCAAGCAGGCUCUAUGCCAGCUCACAGCCCAAAGCGAGACUCCAACCCACAAACUGUGAGAUCGUGACCUAAGCCAAGAUCAAGAGUCGGUCAUUUAACCACCACCCAGGCACCCCUGGCAAGAGUCUUGAGGGAUAGUCAUUUAGAGGAGGCCUAGGCCAUUUAACUUUUUUUUUUUUUUUCAAGUUUAUUUGAGAGAGUACCCGAACAUGAAGUUGGGGAGGGGCAGAGGGAGAAUGAGAAUCCCAAGCAGGCUCCACACUGUCAGCUAGGAUGGGACCCGUGAACUGUGAGAUUGUGACCUGAGCCAAUACCAAGAGUCCGACGCUUAAUCCACUGAGCCACCCAGGUGUCCCUAACAUUUUUUUUAAAAGACCCAUUCUGAUAACUCUGUCCCCUUGUGUCAGUGUAAGUUUCUUUGUAGCAAACAGGUGUUAGAGAUCAAGUCUUUAUCAUUUCAUGAUUGGAAUCCUUUUCCUGAAAAUUGACAGAUAUAGUUUGCUGCCUUCCAUAAGUAUAUAUAACAGUUUUUAACUGGUAACUUAUGUAAAUAUGUAUAAGCUUAAAUUGUUACAAAUUCAGAGUUUCCUAUAUACAUAAUAUACACAGUAGUACCAUUUCUUUAAUAUCUACUAUUGAGUGCAGCAAGCUUAGUAAAUGUACCCAGAAGCUGUAUUAAAGUAAAGCCAUUCAUUCAUUCAUUCAUUCGUUUAGAUAUUAAAGGCCUCUUAUAUGUCAAGCUUUACUAGGGAAAGUGAUGAAUGAGGCAGUGUUACAACUCUUGUGGAAUGUAGAUAUCUGUGUCAUCCUGUGAGCUUGUUAACUUGCCUAAGAUUAUAGGAGUAUUAAUAAUUAGGGAUCUGAGACUUAAACCUAAUAAUAUCUGACCAUUCAAUCGAAAAUAGUAGUCUUGGGGCACCUGGGUGGCUCAGUUGUUUGAGCGUCCAACUUUGGCUCAGAUCAUGAUCUCAUAGCUCAGGAGUUCGAGCCCCGCAUCGGGCUCUGUGCUGACAGCUCAGAGCCUGGAGGCUGUAUCAGAUUCUGUGUCUCCCUCUCUCUCUCUGCCCCUCCCCCACUCUCUCUCUCUCUCUCUCUCUCUCUCUCAAAAAUAAACAUUAAAAAAAAGAAGGGCUCCUGGGUGGCUCAGUCGGUUAAGUGUCCGACUUCACUCAGGUAUGAUCUCACAGUUUGUGAGUUUGAGCCCCUCGUCGGGCUCUGUGCUGACAGCUCAGAGCCUGGAGGCUGCUUUAGAUUCUGUGUCUCCCUCUCUUCUCUGCCCUUCCUCUGCUCAUGUUCUUUGUCUCUGAAAAAUAAACAUUAAAAACUUUCUUUAAAGAAGAAAAAAAAUAGUCUUGGGGUGCUUGGCUGGCUCAGUAGAAGGAGCAUGCAGCUCUUGAUCUCAAGGUUGUGAGUUCAAGCUUCGUGUUGGGUGUGUAGAGUUUACUUAAAAAUUUUUUAAAAUAAAAGGGCACUAAUCUCAUUUACCAAAAAACCCAGUAGUCUCUACUUGUACAACAAAUCUAGGAUUCAUACCUAGGUGUGGCUCAACUCCAAAGUUUGUGGUCUUAACCACCAGAAUGGACCUUCUUUCCUAUCUGUGUUGAAGAAAUGUAAAAAGCUUUGUUCCAUUGUAUCUUUACAAAGAUUUUUAAAGUUCUACUUAAACAUGUCCACUAGAUGGCAACCUCCAUUUUAAAAUCACAGUUUUACAAACAAAACUAUAUUAAAAACUACACAAGUUUAACACAAAAUCCUUAUACACCUACCAUUCAUAAUAAUAAAUGUUAAUGUUUUGUUAUCUUUACUUCAGAUCAUUUUCUGAAGCCUAAUCCAAUUUCCCCCCUCGAGUCCAUGUUUUUUAUUUUUUAAUAUUUUAUUUUUGGGGGCGCCUGGGUGGCUCAGUCGGUUAAGCGGCCGACUUCAGCUCAGGUCAUGAUCUCACAGUCCAUGGGUUCGAGCCCCGUGUCAGGCUCUGUGCUGACAGCUCAGAGCCUGGAGCCUGUUUCAGAUUCUGUGUCUCCCUCUCUCUGACCCUCUCCCUGUUCAUGCUCUGUCUCUCUCUGUCUCAAAAAUAAAUAAAUGUUAAAAAAAAUUUUUUAAAUAAAAUUAAAAAAAAGAUUUUAUUUUUUAAAGUAAUCCCUAAACCCAACAUAGGGCUCAAACUUACAACCCUGAGAUUAGGAGUCAUAUAUUCUACUGACUGAGCCAGCCAGGCGCCCCUAGUUCACGUUUUUAUGUUUAUUACAUGAAUCCAUAAAUAACACGUUAGAAGAUAGUGUCUCUUUUAGAAGUUCAUAAAUGAUACCUUACUGAUGUACCAUUCUCCAAAUGAAAGGUCAAGAACACCAAAGAAAACUUGGGAUUUUAUCUAUGGUAAUUUAAUAUGUUGUUUUGCGGGGGGAAAGCAGCAUCAAAGAUUUUUUUCCACUGGCAACAGAUAUUUAAUAUCACAUCUGGGAAAAAAAUGCUUGCCCCCGCCCCCAAAUUUUUUUUAAUUAAGGAAACACUGCAAGUAACACUUGGGUUAAGUUUACAAAAUGCUAAACAAAAAUGGAUGUAGACAGAAUUUUAAAAAGGAAAAAGGCCACAUUCCUUUUUUGCCCACUACUCUUUACCAUCAUAAGUAAUCAAAUGCAAUUUUUAUGAAUUAACUGUACAAAACAUUGUGCUUGAUGAAGAUACCAAAAAAAAAAAAAGAAAUGAAACAUGGUCUUUCACAAGCUCAAACUACUUGGGGAAAUGACAAAAGAGCCCUCUGGUUUUCUCUAUGUCACUGUACAUAAUAGUAAAACAUCUAGGGACGCCUGGGUGACUCAGUUGACUGUCCAACUUCAGGUCAUGAUCUCACAGUUAGUGGGUUCAAGCCCCGCAUUGGGCUGUCCGCCAUCAUCACAGAGUCUCUGUCUCCCUCUCUCUGUGUGUGCUUUCUCUCAAAAAUAAUAAACAUUAAAAAAAAAAAAAAAACUAGAAUUCUAUACUUAAUGGAAAACACUCGUCAAUCCAAAAGAAAACAGGAAAGGAGGGAAAAGAAACAGGCAGGACAAAUUGCCCAAAGUAAAACGGUAGAAAUCUUUAUGCAUCAGUAAUCAUGAUAAAUGUAAAUGCACUGGGUGUUUUAGUUAAAUACUAAAGAUUGCCAUGUUGAAUUAGAAAACAAAAUCCAGCUAUAUGUUAUUUACAAAAUAACAGCUGUGCUGACAGCUCAGAGCCUGGAGCCUGCUUCAGAUUCUGUGUCUUCCUCUCCCUCUGCCCUUACCCCACUUGCGUGCAGUCUCCCUCAAAAAUAAACAAACAUUAAAAGAAUUACAAUAGGGGCACCUGGAUGGCUCAGUUGGUUAUGUGUCCAACUUCAGCUCAGGUCAUGAUCUCAUGGGUCAUGAAUUCAAGUCCCACGGCAGGCUCUGUGCUCACAGCUCAGAGCCUGGAGCCUGCUUCAGAUUCUGUCUCCUUCUCUUUCUGCCCCUCCGCAACCCCCCCCCCCAAAUAAACAAUAAAAAAUUUUUAAAUUAAAAUAAAAAAUAAAAAUAUGAGGGUACAGAAGGUUUAAAGGAAAAAUAUGGAAAAAGUUAUACCAAAUACUAGCCAAAGGAAAGUACUGAUAUAGCUACAUUUAUAUUGGACAAAAUAGACUUUAAGGAAAAAAAUAUUGGGACAAAGACGGUCACUAUGAAAUGAUAAAAGAUUCAAUUCACGUGGAAGAUAAAACACAUCUGAACUUGUAGGCACAUACUAAUACAGGAUCAGGAUGUUAAAAUGUAGAAAGAUAAUGAGAAAGAAAAAUACACAAUCUUAGUAAGUAAGUUUUUAACAUCCCUCUCAUAAGUGAUACCAAAAAAAAAAAAAAAAAAAAAACCAAACAUGAAAACAA